AUUUUGGGCACACUAAUGAAGCCUGACAAAACGUAGAAAACCCACAGAAAAACUUUAUUAAUGUUAAGCUAAAAGUGUAAAACCCUGAGAUUAAGUGCAGAGAUGUCAAAACGCAGCGCCGAGGACGCCAGCGGCGCCGGCGGUGGCGGCGUGGGAGGAAGCAGCUGCUUGGCGGUAGCGGCAGCUGCGGCCGGGCAGCCCCCCAUAAAGAAGGUUCAUUUUGAGCCGCACCUAAUUGGGCCAGUGUCCACCCUGGAGGAGAUGGACAUCAAGGUGCUGGAGUUUCAAAACAAGAAACUGGCCCAGCGCAUCGAGCAGCGGAUGCGGACGGAGGCUGAGCUGCGGCACCGCAUCGAGCAGCUGGAGAAGCGGCAGACGCAGGACGAUGCCGUGCUAAAUGUUGUCAAUCGGUAUUGGAACCAGUUGAACGAGGACAUCCGUGUCCUGUUGCAGCGAUUCGACGCCGAGACGGCGGAUGAGCUGGAAAACAGGAACGAAAACGAGGUCACAACGUCGUUUCUGGCUCAGCUCUCCACUUGGGACAAAGAGGAGCUGGACGAGAAGCUGGCCAAUCGCGUACAGGUGUCGAAGAGGGCGGUGGCCAAGAUCGUACAGGUUAUUGAUAGGUUAAUGCAACGCAACGAGAAGAUAACUCAUGUAUUGAAAGGUGAUAGUUUGGCGGGGUCCGGUUCCGGUUCGGGAGCCACUGACGAGGAGCAGCAGCAGUCCAGCGGGGAUGCCGAGGCGGCAAACACUGCAAGCGUAGCGGUCCAGGCCCUGGAGGAGACUCUGAAGCAGACCCACAUUGAAAUCAUGAGCGAGAACCACAAGCUUCAGAAUCUAAACACAUCGCUGCACGAAAAGUUCCACACCAUGUCGCUGAAGAUGAAGGAGUACCAGGACGCCCACACUGCUAAGGAGACGGAGAACGCCGAGCUGAAGAAUCAGAUCGACGAGCUCCAAUACGACCUGGAGAAGAUUCAUUGCCGAAACGACAAGCUUGAAAACCAUCUGGCCGAAGCUAUCGAAAAGCUAAAGGCCUACCAUCAAAUCUACGGAGAUCCCAAUAAGAGUAGCAACAGCGCCAAAACUCCUAGUACCACGGGCACUGGCAACACAACUACAAACGUCAAUAGCCAACACUUGGAGGAGUUGCAAAAGGAGCUCGAGGAAUACCGGGAACUGGCCAAUAAUCGGUUGCAAGAACUCGACAAACUACAUGCCACGCAUCGCGAAACUCUUAAAGAGGUGGAGAAACUCAAAAUGGAUAUACGGCAACUGCCAGAAUCGGUGAUUGUGGAGACGACGGAGUACAAGUGCUUGCAGAGCCAAUUCUCCGUGCUCUAUAACGAGUCCAUGCAAAUCAAAACGAUGCUGGACGAAACCCGAAACCAGCUGCAGACGAGUAAGAAUCAACACCUGAGGCAAAUCGAGGUAAUGGAGAGUGAGGAGCUGAUAGCUCAGAAAAAGGUUCGCAGCGAAAUGAUCCAAAUGGAGGAUGUCCUGGCGCUCAUUCGGAAGGAGUACGAAGCGCUGAGGAUAGAGUUCGAACAGAACAUGGCCGCAAACGAGCAGACAGCGCCCAUAAACCGUGAGAUGCGACACCUGAUCACCUCGCUGCAGAACCACAACGGCCAGCUGAAGGGAGAGGUGCAGCGCUACAAGCGGAAGUACAAAGACACCUCUACGGACAACGUCAAGUUACGUAAGGAGCUGGACGACGCUCUGGCCACGCUCGAGGGCAACAAGUUGCAGUCGGCGACAGGGUCUGCUGCGGACGAGAUCAAACAGGAGAAUUCCACUAGCGUCAAGGAGGAGAAUUCCAACAAUGCCUCCGCAUCCAGCCAGUCAAACCAAACGAAUUCCGGCAGUGAAACUAAUCUCGCCAUCAAGGAGGAGAAUUCUGGCUCGGCCGACGAUGAUGCGGAUGACGAAGCCAGCAAGGACAUUAAAGAUGGUAUCAAACAGGAAAAACUCAGUUCUGGCGAGACCGGUACAACCGAGAAAAAGGACUCACCAGGGCCAGGCAACGCUACAACUGCCACAAAUUCCAGUUCGGGAGGGGCAGUGAAGAGCGAAAAGGAUUCCAAGGAUGGUGUUAAAGCCAAGGACGUUAAGACUGUGGAGAGUGAAACGGUGCGAGAUCUGAAAGCACAAUUAAAGAAAGCGUUAAAUGACCAGAAGGAGAUGAAGCUACUGCUGGACAUGUACAAAGGUGUCUCCAAGGACCAGCGCGACAAGGUCCAGCUAAUGGCAACGGAAAAGAAGUUACGCUCCGAGAUCGAGGAGCUUCGCCAGCAGCUGAAGAAACUCCAGGAGAGCAAACGCGAGGAGCGAAAGAAGUUGGCCGACGAGGAAGCCCUGCGAAAGAUCAAGCAGCUGGAGGAGCAGAAAUACGAGCUGCAAAAGCAGAUGGCGAAUCACAAACCGUCGGACAAUGCGUGGGGCGCCGGUGCUCCAGGGGGUGCGAACUAUACAAGACCCUUUGUUGGCUCCCACGAGGAGGAGGCGCUUCUCAACGAAAUGGAGGUGACCGGCCAAGCGUUCGAGGACAUGCAGGAGCAGAACUCUCGUCUAAUACAGCAGCUACGCGAAAAGGACGAUGCUAACUUUAAGCUGAUGUCGGAGCGGAUCAAGGCUAACCAACUGCACAAGUUGCUGCGCGAAGAGAAGACGGUGCUGGAGGACCAGAUGGCCACGGCUACGACACAGAUCGAAGCAAUGCAUAUUGUGCUGCGAAAACUGGAAGAAAAGGAGCGGAGCCUUCAGGCCACAGUGGCUUCUAUUGAGAAGGAGCUGAUGCUGCGGCAACAGGCAAUGGAGAUGCACAAACGCAAGGCGAUUGAAUCGGCACAGUCGGCGGCCGAUCUGAAGCUGCAUCUGGAGAAAUACCAUGCCCAGAUGAAGGAGGCGCAACAAGUGGUGGCAGAGAAAACUAGUUCGUUGGAGGCCGAAGCCUACAAAACCAAGCGAUUGCAGGAAGAGCUGGCGCAGUUCAAGCGAAAGGCGGAACGGAUGAAGAAGAUGGAGAUGUCCGGCACCACGAUCGACGAGGUGAUGAUUGAGGAGAUCCGCGAGUACAAGGAGACGCUGACAUGUCCCUCGUGCAAGGUGAAGCGGAAGGACGCAGUGCUGUCAAAGUGCUUCCACGUCUUCUGCUACGACUGCCUGCGAACGCGGUACGAGACGCGCCAGCGGAAGUGUCCCAAAUGCAACUGCGCCUUUGGCGCCAAUGAUUAUCAUAGGCUAUAUCUGCAGUAGAUAAGCGAUAAAACCCGUAAUGAUAAUUUAGGUACUUUCCGGUAAUGUCCUCAAUGAACACAGACACAGAGACACACUCCCUCCCACUAGCCACUCGCCAAAAAAGGAGACGGGCGGACACACACACCCAUACCACACAUUCAUGCCGGAUUAUUCAUUUAACAUAUAUCUACGUACUAAUUCUCGUUUAAGUAGCUCCCGAAUAACUUUGCAGAUCAUAAUUAAGGCAAUAAUCUGAAAUUGUUCAUUGCAUCGCCAAGCAAAAAAAGAAAGCAUCUCAUUAUGAGUGCCGCGGGGAACUUGUCGCGGUUUUUUUAUUUAGCUUCUAGUUUUUGUAAAUCAAACUAUUUUUAAAUGAUUUAAUUUGAAAACUAAAUGUACGA